GUAUGAAAAAAGAUUUAUACCAGCCUAUAAUACGUUAAUUGCAACAAAAAUCAGCACAAACAAGGCCGUGAUUGGUUCAGUACAUUAAUUUAUAUGCAUCAAUUUACUGUGAGCGAGUCAUUUGUUCAUUUGAUCUCGAGUGUUACUGAAGGUUUACAUGUUCAAACUUACCAUCAAGAGAUCUCACAUAAAAACAAUUAGAAUACCUUUCAAUGUCGCCACAGCGAACGUGUAAAACUUAAGUGUAAUCUUGUUAUCUUCAGUUCUGGGCCUGCAAACAACAGAAUUUAAAUCGACAGACUUUUCUGCGUAGCCUAUUUUGAAUUACAAAGUUUAAUAGUGUUAGCAUUAAAUUUCAUCAUUUCCUGAUCUCAUGAAUAACAAACGUUGAACCUUAAAGUAUUCUUCAAAUUUAUUUUCAUGUUUAAAAAGAUUAACUUCUACCAAUUUUGUUCAAAUUUAGUUUAAAUUUAGGAUAUUGGAGAGCCAUAUUUGACUGAAAGGUACAAUUAUAACUGUUCCCAAGAGAAGUGCAUUGUUUCCGAGCUUACACAAAUAGUUUUACCGUAGUCAAACGAGCAUUAAAUUUUGUAACUACAUCUAUUUUUCCGUUGUUGUAGCAAUAAUUUCGAAGCUCAGUAGUGACUUAAUUCAAGUUCAGAUGGUAAAUGUGUUUCCAAUAGUUCUGAGUAAACAAGUUAUGUUGAGUUAACUUCAUACAAAACCACGCCAAUGAGAAAUCCAGUUAAAGAACGUUGUUUCAAGUUUGGAAAGUUGCUUCUUAUUCUUCAUGUUUGAUCUGAAACCAUUUUGAUUCAACAGAAACAGAAUUCGGUUGAACUUUAUACUUGAUAUAAACUUUUCUUACCAAUUAUAAACUUUGCCAAUUUAAGAAUUUCCUCUGUAACAACGAUUAUUGAACCAAUUGUUUUGGGUUGCACCUGGAAUUAUUAGCAGAAUCAAGCGGCAGGUCACCAAAAUGGCCGAUAGACCAGCGUCCAUAGCUGAGCAUUCAGCUUUUAAUGACUCAACUCUGUCCUCGCCCAUGACGCCCUCGGGCGGCGAGAUCAAUAAACGCAAGCUCUCCUUCAUGUCAUUCAGUGGGGCGGACGAGCGUCUCAACUGCGAAGACCUGACGAGUCUCAGUCAGCUGACAGAAGAUAGCAUUACUAAAGUGCUAGAGAACAGAUUCAGCCAGGGGGAGAUAUACACUUACAUUGGCAGUAUCCUCAUCUCAGUGAACCCCUACAAACCCACUGGAAUAUACAACAGAGAGCAGCGCGAAAAGUACCGAAACAAAGUUUUGGGUUCUCUCAAACCCCAUCUCUAUGCACUCGGUGACGCUGUAUAUCGAAACCUGAUCGACACAAAGCGUUGUCAGAGUGUCGUUAUAUCGGGUGAAUCAGGCUCGGGUAAAACGGAAACUACCAAGUAUCUUCUAGGCUACUUUUGCCACGUUUGCGGAACCAGUACCGCCGAGAAGAUUCCUGACCAGAUUAUGGCUGCAAACAUAAUUAUGGAAGCGUUCGGAAAUGCGAAAACGGUCAGAAACGACAACUCUAGUCGCUUCGGAAAGUUCAUCCGACUCUGUAUGCAAUUCCCACCAGGUUCUGACUACCCUACAAUUUCUGGAGCUUUUCUUGAAGAUUAUCUUCUGGAACAGAGUCGAAUCAUCUUGCCAUCAAAAGAUGAAAGAAACUACCACGUUUUCUACCAGUUCCUUGCCGCAUCGGUUGCUGACAAAAAUCAAAGGUUCUACAGACUUCACCAUGCAAGGCGUCCAGAAACGUAUCGCUACCUAAGCGUAAGUGACUGUUAUACCGUGCAAGGACAAGACGAAAUCGACCUGUUUGAUAAACUCAUAACAGCCUUCGGACAAAUCAAUAUUGGACCUGAGCUAUUUGAGGGUGUCUUGGAUGUCUUAUCCGCAGUUCUCUGGUUCGGAAAUAUCGAUUUUGAUAACAGCGAGAGUGAAAAUGUCGAAAUUGAUGAAAACUCAGUGGACGUGAUUGAAGUUCUCCUGAACUUGUUGGGAGUUGAGUUAGACGCGUUCGAAGAAUUGUUGCUAGUGAGAAAAAAUACAAUUAGAGGAGAAUUGUUUAGAACUCCGUACAAAAUAACAGAAGCAAUUGAGAACCGAGACGCGAUGGCGAAGGCACUGUACUCUAAUCUUUUUGGAUGGAUCAUCGAGAAGAUAAGAGAGUGUAUGAAUCCUUCUGAUUCAGGAGUUGAUUACUAUAUCGGAAUCCUGGACAUUUUCGGAUUUGAAUGCUUGGCUACAAACUCUUUCGAACAACUGUGCAUUAAUUAUGCGAACGAAAAACUGCAUAUGUUUUUCAACCACUAUAUUUUCAACCUAGAACAAAGCUUGUAUAAAAGUGAGAAUAUAAGUGUCGAUCAUAUAUCCUUCUCGGACAACCAGCCAUGUCUAGAUGUUCUGGAAAAAGGGUCGCAAUGCGUGUUGCGAAUUUUGGCUGAGGAGUGCAGGUUUCCAGAUGGAACAGACAAGAGUUACGUAAUGAAGCAACAUUCGGUGCUCGAGAAUCACUCACAUUACGUCAAAGGACAUGACCGUCGGUACUGGGCCGAGUUCUUUGGAAUCAAACAUUACGCAGGUGAAGUAGCAUAUACAGUCAAAGGGUUCCUUGAGAAGAAUCGCGAUGCACAGCAAGAUGGAUUUUUUUGUCUGCUUUCGGAAUCUAAAAAGCCGUUUUCACAAGAUGUUGCGGAGCAGUUUUUCAAUUCGCAGGCUCAAUUGAUGGGAAUGGGUAAACGUGUGUCGCGGGGAGGAACGCUGCGAGGCACCCCUGGUCCGGCAACAGGAGGAGGAAGUCACCGACAGUCGGUCGGCGAGAGGUUCCGAAGUCAGCUUCGAUCAUUAGUACAAGUUCUUGACUCAACGAACUCCUGGUACAUUCGGUGUCUGAAACCAAACAACGAGAAAGCCCCCUUCAGUUAUGACUCGCCGUUGAUUUUGAAUCAGCUGAGAUACCUGGGAAUGAUGGAUAUUGUCAGAAUUAAGCGUGAGGGAUUCCCUGUUCACACAAAUCCACAUGAGUUCUUGGGCUACUACUGGUAUCUGGCGCAAAAUAAACGAAUGCUCCAUGAUGGAACUCCAGAAGCAGAGGUAAUAGAAAGUAUAAUGAAAUCUUUGGAUGUUUCUCCUUAUGAUUGGCAGAUGGGACGAACUCAGAUAUUCUUGAAAGGAUCAGUUGCCGAGAAAUUGGUGGACAGAAAGAGCCAACUUGUUGUGUCGAAUAUUGUCAUGAUCCAAAAAAUAGUGAGAGGGUUCAUUACACGGAGGUGGUACCAACGACUUCGCAGCGCUGCUAUCAAAAUUCAAUAUUUCGCAAGGAAAGUAAUUUUGGAUGCGAGAACCAGAAGGCGAGAAAUGGCUAUUGUGGUUAUCCAGUCAUUCGCUAGAAUGAUUCUUGCGAAGAAACGAGUGAGAGAAAUCAAACAGGCAAGAGAAGCUCUGAGGUUGAAACAUCUGCAGGCAAGUAAGCCUAAGCCCACUAUUCUUCCAAAACCAGAAAAAGUGACUGGAAAACUUCCAGAAGUCAUCUCUGAAGAGAUUCGUCCAGAACACAAGCUAUUAGCUCAAAAGUCUCUAGAGCUGGAACAAUACCAAGAAGAACCAUUCACAGUGAGGUCGUCUUUGCGGGAACCAGAACCCGAGAAACAACGGGCUGUAAAUAUGGCACAUACACCUGAUGAAAAAUCGCUUGAUGAUUUGAUGGCCGAACUGGAUGACCUAAGUCUGGACAUGUUCGCACCUGCUCCUGAACCAAUAGCACCAAAACCAAAGCCUAGAAAUCAAGUACUGAAGAGAACGCCAAGUAAAAUUUCUGGUUCCAUUGAAAACAUUUUCAAAGCGACUUCAGUUGAAGAAGCAAUGCCGACUCCAACAGCCGAUACCGUGACCGCUAGCACUGAUUUGGAAUCGAUGUUAGCUGAAAUGGAGAUCCAUUUGGACAAAAAGGGAGUUGAAAUUCCUGAUGAUGACGAUGAUGACGAACCUUCUCCCAGGUCGGACACGAUUCAAUCAUACGACAGCCGAGAAAGUUUUGCCUCAACGACAGGAAGGUCAAGUAUGGUGGGAACCUCGCUAAGUGGAACGUUAAAAGGGACGCUCAAGGAAAAGUCAAAGAAAGAUUCAGUAUCGGUUAAGUUCGACGACCUUGAGAUUCCCGAUAUGGACGAACUGAUAAAAGAAACUGAGAAGGAAAAAGAAAAAGAAAACCAGCAAAAAGCAAAUCUGAGUAAGCCUAGCGCUUUCGUUUCGAAACAGAGUUUGGACAGCGGAAUUGGAGCGUCGAAUGAUACAAUUAAUAUUGCAGCCAGAAACCAAGAUAGCUCCAAGGAGGGCUCGAGAGCUUCCAGUACAACCGAAAUGCCCAAACCAGUCGCUGCUCCAAGAUCCGAUAAAGAUAGCUUGACAUACUCUUUGGUCGAAUAUGCGGAGAAUCAUUUCGUGGAUUUAGAGUAUUCAGAUGAGUCGAAGUCCUUCCUUUCGAAGGCGUUUGGUAAGAAGCAGAAGGUGAAAAAUAAGAUCAUACCAAAAGAGACUCUUUUUGAGUUCUCUGCUGAUCCAUAUAUACCGAGACCGUUUCACAAUUUGGAGAGUGAAGAGUUGAUUGAACAGUCAUGCGAGAUCUAUAAAGAUCUCUACAAGAUGUUGUACAAUGACUUAGAUCGGUCGGUCAUUCAGAAAGUAGUUGAGAUCUUGAUCGAUUCGCCUGCUAUUAGAGACGAAGUAAUUGCAUACUUGAUUCGGUUCACGAGGCGAACCAAGAAUGACUGCUUUGAAAAGCCUUUGGACCCCCAAAAUGCGAAUAAUGCUUGGCAUUUACUCUCCGUUGUUCUGGGGUGUGUGAUGCCCAGCAAGGGUUUUGUUAAGUAUGUGAAGCAGUACUGCACAGAAUUGCAGAAGGAUUCUUACGGAAUGGACGGAGUCAAGGACGAUGUGAAGCUGAGGAGGGCGAGUCACUAUUUGAAACACCUCAAUAAAGUGAAAGUGGGAGAGCGGAAGAAACCUCCGAGCAUGUUUGAGAUCAAAGCUGCUAUGAAGUAUUCUGGUAUUCCCUUGACUCUUCUGACCAGUGAGGGCGAACUUACUGGCAGUGGCAUAUCCUCGUGGGACACAACAGUGGAUGUGCUGAAGAAGAUGGCCACCGUGUAUGAACUGGAGAACACGCAAGGGUGGGCCCUCUUCAUCACCAGUCCAAAACACAGGGAUAUUUAUGUCAAAGCACAGACUUGUCUAGCGGACUAUGUUAACGAGUGGGAAACAGAAGCAGAGGAAUCGUCUUCGAAGAAGAGUGUUGCCAAGAAGCAGCAAGGAAAUGCCGGCCCAUCAUUGCUGGCAAUGACAGACAAACGCUUCAUAUUCUUGAAGCGAGUCUUCAAAGACAUCGAAAGUAUCCCAGAAACAAGCAACGAGAUUGCACUUUUGUUUGCUCAAUGUGUUCGAUCCGUUGUUGAAAAAGAUGAGUUCAAGGUCAUGGAAACAGAAGCGAUGUACCUUGCGGGUCUUCAAUGCGCCGGGUUCUUUGGACCUUAUGAUGACUCAUACCGAAUCACACGUUACAAACAACCGGCGAAAUUUCUACCGAGGAGAAUCUUGAAUUACGUAUCUGACGAGAGGUCACGUGAACAAAUUUUGAUCAAUCAGCAUAAAAAAUUCAAUACUCUAUCUAAAGCAGCUGGUCAAAGAUCUUAUAUCUUGAAGUGCCUGAAAACUUUGCCGUUAUUCGGUUCUGCUUUGUAUGAUAAUGUUGACUACCGCGGUUUCGUCAAUGAUGAUCGGAAAGUUAAAGUUGCUGUAAAUGCUACCGGUGUUUACCUAAUUGAUCAAACGACGACUGAAACGUUCUUACAAUAUUCAUUCGAUAGAUUGUCAACGAUUUCUCUUGACUGGGACAACGAUUUGAUUCUGAUAAAGCUAGUUGACAGUGCUACUGAUUCAGACGAGAUGUUGUGUGAGCUCAUUUCGCAUGAUUUCAAAGAAGAUAUUGUGCAAGUAAUCAAGUGCUACUGUCCUAGACUAACAACGGUUGAAAAGAAGAAAGAUCUUCUAGGUCUGAAAAAUCAAAACGAAGAGCGAAGCAUGAAACGCAUGCGUCAGGAUAUCUCAAAUGCUAGAAACAUUUUAACAAAGCAAACUGAUGAUCGAAUAGUCAAUCCUGCGAGUUUGGAAAACCAACAAAAUAUUGCAAACGCCACAUUGAGCAAAAAAGGUAAAGGAAGUGAUAAACAUGCCAAACAAAAUGGUUUUAGUAGUGCGUCCAACAGCACAGCUUAUUGGAUCUUCACGAAAAAACCAAUGACCGAACCCUUGCUUAUACACGAAGAGGAAGACUGUAAUGCACUGGCUCUGAAAAUAUUCAACACAAUUCUCUUUUUCUCGAAACACAUUUCAGAAAAAUCUUCAGCCCCGACCGUUUCACAUGCAGAUCGUAAAAACCCUAUCGGCACUAUACAAGAUAUAUUCCGCCAGUUUGACAAAUAUAAUUCUCUGGUUGACGAAACUUAUAUGCAGUUGUGUAAGCAAGUUACAGAUCAGCCUCUAGAUUCUAAAGAUCUGAAUGUCUGGGACAUAUUCGGGGCCCUGACUAAUUACAGAGCGCCCGACAACCCACAAGUACGGGCUUAUGUUGAGUCUACGCUGCGCUUGGCUUCUGUUGGGGUCUCGAAAGUCAGUCAAUAUGCAUCGUUUUGCAGACGAUGUCUACAGAAAGUGGCAACUUUUCCGACAAGAAAAAGAGUCCCGUCUAAAAUUGAGAUACAAAGUACCUCGAAAUGCGAACAAGUGAAGACUUCUAUCUUCUUCCCUGGAGGGCAGUUCAGAGAAGUCCAGUUUGACUCAUGGGCCACUUCACAGCAGGUGAUCCAGGCGACCAUUGAAAGGAUUUACCUAGCCGGAUCUGUGAGUGUGUAUAGUCUAUUUGAGAGGCUCUCGCAUGGCAACAGUCUGGUCAAUGAAGUUCCAAUCACACCAGAUGACAAUAUCUGCGACAGAUUGGCCGUGCAAGAAUCAACUGGAGCAAGUGGAAUAACAUACCAACUGCUGUUCAAGAAGAUGUACUUCGUGCGAGCUAGGGAAAAAAUCACGACUAAUUUGGAAGUCGCUCUCACAUACCAACAGGCCCUGGACGAAAUCAAAAUGGGAACCAUGAAACUUCUCCCGCACGAAAAACUCGCUCUGCUUUCUUAUCUUGUAAAGUACACCCAUAAUCAAAAACGAGCCGCAGACCUAAAAUCGGACUUGUCACUUUUCAACGGAAACCAGUCAUCCUCAAUUGAUAUGGCGCUGAUUUGCGAAACUAUCCGAAAGACGCUUCCAGAUGCCGAGUUCUCACAAACGAAUGAUCCGGCUUUUGUGCAGCAGAUCGAGAAAAACGUGGCGAAACUCAAAGAUCCGACAAUGUGCUCGAUUCUAAGUGUGAUACAAACUUUUGUUCACUUCGGAGCGACAUCGUUUCACGUUGCUCAAAUGUUUACAAGUCAGUUAGAAAAAGAACUGACUUUAAAUGUAUGCGAGGACGGAAUCUAUCUUUUCGUCAAAUCGAACCACAGCGAGCCAGCGCUGUUCAUAAACAUAGUAGAUAUUGAAGACAUUAGUAUAAACAAGAACUCAAUUCAGAUUAAAGCGUUCAUGCCGCCGAAAAACAACAGAGAGCUCGAUGAGCCUAAUGUCUUUUUGUUCUACACGACUGGAAGGGCUCCUGAUACACAGAUGCUAGUAGACGGGUACAGAAAGCUAGGAGAGGAGAAAAUUGCAGAGAAAAUAAAGGCAGACAAAAAUGAAACUAUGCAAAUGCGUCAAUCAACUGUAGUGUAAAUUAUAUCGAAAUUACAUGUGCAUACUAAAUAUCCAACUGAAAGCACGUUAAUAAACUAAUGCAUAGUAGGGUAAUAAACACAUUUUUUCAGCUCUAAACCAACCAAAGUUUCAUUUGUUAAAUGAUCAUUUCUAAUUAUUUCAUGUAGGAGCUAUUUUAGAAAGUUGUGAUAUUAGCUUGUGCCUAACCAAUGGUUUGCUGAAAAUUUGCUGAAAGUUGUCUUUGAGUUGUGGCGUAAAUUAAAUUUCUAAUUGCUCAGUUUUGUAACCUGCGAAUCAGGAUAUCUAGAUCAUUAAUCUUCCAAAAUAUUUUAAGUUUAAAAUUGUGCUCUAAGUUUUGCUCUUAUUUUCUAAAUUCUAUAAAGCUUGUUUUUAAAGCGGCUAAAAGUUAUUUUGUUAGACGUACGAUCAUGAAAUGCUGAUUGUUAACACGAGAAACCAAAAGAUUCCAGAUUUGCUUGUUCUCAUUUUCAAUUAUGUUGACGUAAUUAAACCGCUGAAUUUUUUCAACUAUACGGUUUGUCCUUUUUAAAAAGAUGAACACGAUUACUCAAUUUGAAAAAUUCGGCAUAACUGUUUAUUACAACUUCUGUCCUGUUUUGUAAAUUUUCUUUAUUUGACAAUUAAAAUAU